CGGGGAUCGAGUGGCUCAGGGAUCGCCUGGUGAUGCUCUGCCAUCCAGAUCUGGAGGUUCCCAGGGUCAGAGGCCGGUCAGGAAGACCAGGCCUCCGCAGUGGUUGAGCCCCAGCGUGGUUCCCGGUCCCCGGCGUCAGAAUAGCCCUUCCGGAGGUCCCAAUGGCGGUGAAGAGAGUGCCGGCGGGGAGGCCGCAAGUGGAGGAGGUCGUGGACGGCGCAACCGUGCAAACAAGCUGUCAAGCGAGGCUGGAGGUGCAGGCUGCUGGUUCGGGAACCGAAUCGGAGACUGACGAACGUUCGGGAGGCGAACGUGGAGGUAUGCAAACCAGCAAACUGGCAGAAACUGCCGAACGUUCGGGAGGCGGACGUGGAGGUAGGCGAACUGGCGAAUGGGAGACGGGAGCCGAACGUGGAGGUACUGUUACUGCCGACCGUUCGGUUCCCGAACAAGGAGGUGAAAGAACUGCUGAACGUUCGGGAGUUGAACGAGGAGGUAGCCAUACUGCUGGCCGUUCGGCUGCCGAACGGGGAGGCAACAAAACUGCAGAACGUUCAGUUUUUGUGUCUUCUUUUGCAGGGAAUGAAGGAGAAGCGGCCGCAGGUGAUAGGAGUCCUGGAAAGGGGCCUGGACAAGCACGGGCCAGUGGAAGAAGGAUGAGCGGUACAGCAGGUUUGGCAGCAGGUCACGGGAACGCUGGAAGCGCUGUUGGAGGAACAGGGACAACGGCUAUACACUGUCCUGGUGAGUUGACCUCUGACGCCAAUGCCCCGCCAAUGGCUGGGCCACGGGUUACCUCGGGGGUGGGCCCCGGUGUUGGCUUGGCUAGUGACGGCAGGGGGGCAAGAGGCAGAUAGGGGACGGCUAAGGCACGGAGAAGGGUAUAGCGCAGCAAGACGGAACAGAGGGUCAUCAGGCAGCUGGCGGGAGUGCAGCGCUUACCCGGGUUUUCCUAUACGACCGGGGAAGGGACGACGACAGGCGAGGCUGGUAGUUAGGGGAGGAUCGGAAGGGAGUGACAUCGACGAACAGCGCAGAAGGUUGGCACCAGCAAAGAUGACAGUGCGCAGGGCUAAAGCGAAGGGCGUGCAAGGCGCCGGGAGUGACCGGUCACGAAGCAGCCAUCGGAGGGUAGCUGACGUAGCUGACAGGGACCCCGUGGGGUGGACCACACCCAGGGGAGGCAUAGGGCGGUUCAAGGGGAUGGUCGCAGCAGGACGGCAGUUCCACGAGCGGGAGUUCCCCGGAGAGGAGGCGGGCUGCUGUGCAGGC